ACGCCGCCGGAGCGUCCUGCGAGCCUCGAGCGGAGCGACCGGAGCAGAAGUCGGUGCGUCCGGUGUAACGGCGCCGGUUCCCCGGGACGAGGCGAGGAGACAUGGCCGAGGCGAGGGCCGAGGAAGAGGAGGACACACGGGAACAAGUGGUUCGACGCUCCGCAGGUCGUCGGAAGCCAGAGCAUCGUCUCAGCCAGGGUCCUCUCUCGUCCAUCAGAGCAGCCAUCAAGAGAACCUCCAGGUCCACCGGUCUCCCUGAGCCAAGGGAGCGAGAGAGGGAGCGAGAGAGGGAGCGAGAGAGGGAGCGAGGGAGGGAGCGAGAGAGGGAGCGAGAGAGGGAGCGAGAGAGGGAGCGAGAGAGGGAGCGAGACAGGAGGCGACCGGAGAUCACCAUCCUGUCCGCGGAGCCGCUGUCGUCCACUUCCUGGUUCCCCGGGGCUUCUGGGGGAUUCCCGCCUCCCCCUCCCCCUGCAGCUCAGAUCUGGGGAUCCACGAUCCCUCCGUCCGUUCAGCCUCCUCCGUCCUACGAGGAGGUGAUCAGGGAGAAGACGCAGGAGCAGGUCCUCCCUCCUCCGUCCUCCUGCCCCUCCUCGCAGUGUUUGGCGUCUUCAAUAACGAUCGCCACCCAGACUGACCCGGGAUCAGCCCCCGCCCCCGACGCCUGUCAGGGACCAGUGAGACCGCCGCGGCCGCCUCUCCGUUGCCCUCCUAGAGCGUCUCCCGCUGAUGACAUCACCAUCGCAGCCAGCCAAUCAUCACCUGACCUCCUCGCCGAUCUCCGCCCACCACCUUUGACCUCGACCUCUGGCGCUCAGACCGACCGAUGGGAUCGAUCUCGUGGCGCCGUUGAUGUCCCGUCGGAGAGCCCCAGGCCCCGCCCCCGCCCGCGCACCAGACUCGGUGCUCGGCCAAUCAGCAGCGACGUCAGGGUUCAGACUUUGGUGAAGCUGCGUGACGACGGCGCGGCGACGCUGGCCGCCCGCUCGGGAGCUACCGCCAACCAGGAAGUGAGUCAGGGGAAGUACCUCCGGGAGCUGCUCGAGGCCUUCGGCGCGGACGACUGGGGCUUCCCCGAUCGGCGCAGCGACAGCAGCGGGCUCAGCCAAUCGGAGGGCGAGGAGGGGGACGCGGACGAAGACGAGGAGGACAUGGCGACUCUGAAAGCCAGGAUCCGGGCCUUUGAGCAGCAGCAGGUGGCCGGCGGGAGCGGCGGAGGCGGAGGCGGAGACGACUUUCCUGCCGCGAAGAGACCUGAACCAAGGCCACGCCCCCGUCUCCAGGGGCCGCCGGACAAAUCCGUCCCCCCCACCGUUGCCCCGAAACCUAAAAACCUUUCUCAAGCACCCAAAGCAUCCACCCAGGUAUUCUGGGAGGACGGCGGUCUGAUGGACUCGGGUCACACUGACACUGGAAGCGAACCAACGGUUCCCCCAAAAUCUGCUCCGGCGUUGGUGCCCCAACCCUGCAAAAACCCAGAGAAACCCUUGGUGUCGCCAAAACCCCAGCCUGCCUCAGACCCCCUCCAGUCUGGUGCCCCCGUCCCGGCCCCCAGGCCCCCUCCACCCAAACUCACCCCCGGCGUCAGUGAGCCGGCCAACCCCAAACCUCCGCCCAGACCUCCAGUGGCCCCCAGGGCCAGCCUCGGGGCUCCGACCCAGGAUAAGAGCACCAAAGCUGGGCACGCCGCCCCAACUCUGCCCCCGAGACCCUCCGUGGAGGUCGGCGGUGGAGAUCAGACGGAGACGCCGGGUGGAGGCGACGAGGCGCCGGACGGCGGAUGCCAGGCAGUGAAAGUAGGAAAUGUUCGUCCAGGCGUCCCGAUCAAACCAGCAGCGCUGAUGUCCCCACGCAGAGCCAGUGCUCCGAGUCUGGCCCCCAAACCCACCUCCACCCCGGAGCCCGACCCACCCAAACCUCCGGGGCCGAGCCCGGGCCUCAAACCCGCUCCGGCCCUGAGGAAAGGCCCCGGGAUCCAGACCAGACCAGAGACCAGCACCGCAAACCCGGAGCCCUCAGACCCUCCUCUGCCCCCUCGUCCUUCGAGUGUGAAGCUCCUCCCUCUUCGUCCUCCUCCAAUCAAAUCCAUCCCUGAGCGACCGCCGCCUCCAGCCGUCGGCUCAACAUCCUCAGCCAAUCAGACGACGACCCCUCAUCCUCCAAGCCCCGCCCCCUCCGUUUCCUCAGCCAGCCGGUCUUCGCCUUCACAAACCACGACACCCCCUUCUCCUGUAUCGGCCAAUCAGGUGCAGCCUCAACGGCCGUCAAAGAAAGGACCGCCUCUGCCCCCCCGCCCAAAACCUGGACACCCCCUCUACGACAGCUACGUGAAACAGGAAGUCCUGAUCGUCCUGGACGGCCCGAGCCCCUCAGAGAGUGGGAGGAGCCAAACCGCUGUCAUCAACCCAUCGCAGUGUCUCCUGGACCUGGACCCCCAACCGGAUCCUGCUCCCGAUCAGAACGGCCAAUCAAAACCUUCCCUGGAGGGCCUCAGCCUAUCAGACUCCCAGUCCAUUCUACCCGUUCAGCCCCCUGAGCCCAAGGACCAGCCCGACCCCCCCCCCGACAGCGGUCCUCGCUGCGUCGCCCUCUUCGACUACGAGGGCGAGGAGCACGACGAGCUCACCUUCUCCCAGGGUGACGUCAUCGCCCUCCUGGAGCUCAUUGGGCAAGAGUGGGGGCGGGGCCAGAUCCACGGGCGGGUCGGCGUCUUCCCUCUGAACUUCGCUCAGGUGGUGGAGCCUCCGGAGGGUCCCGCUCCAAAGACCUCGGAGGACCCUAACUCAGAGAAGGAGGAGAAGAAGGAGGAGAAGGAGGAGGCGGAGGAGAAGAAGAAGAAGAAGGAGGAGAAGGAGGAGGCGGAGGAGGUGAAGAAGAAGAAGGAGGAGGCGGAGGAGAAGAAAGAGGAGGAGGAAAAGAAGAAGGAGGAGAAGAAAGAGGAGGAGAAGAAGAAAGAGGAGGAGAAGAAGAAAGAGGAGGAGAAGAAGGAGGAGUGGGCCGAGGCUCUGUUCGACUUCACCGCUCAGGCUGCAGAUGACCUGUCCUUCCACAAGGGGGCGCUCAUCCAGGUGACGGAGCAUGUCGAUGCCCAGUGGAGGAGAGGAAGACUGGAGGGGAGGGAGGGGCUCUACCCUGCUGCCUUCACACAGCCCCGCCCAGCUCAGCCAAUCACAGGCCAGCAGUCUGCGGUUAAAGGCGUGGCCAAGUUUGACUUCACAGCUGAGAGCGAGGAUGAGCUCACUUUAAAGGUUGGUGACCUCAUAGCGCAGGUGGAGUUUGUGGAUGAGCAAUGGAUUCUGGGAGUUGUGUGCGGGAGGCGUGGGAUGGUUCCUAAAAACUACAUUUCACUUCUUUGAUGAGGAAGUCCUGAAAACUACUACUACGUGUUGUUGUUGUUGUUGUUGUUGUUGCAGCUCCUCUCUGUCGACGGGUCGGCUGGAGUUUCAACAUUUCGCUCAAAACAUUUUUAAUUUUAAGACUGAAGCUCUGAGCUGUGAUUGGUCCGUCUCUUUGAUUGACAGACAUCGCAGAUUUUAACGCCGUCGGUCUUGUGGACUGGUCUGGUCUCGUGGACUGGUCUUGUGGACUGGUCUUGUGGACUGGUCUGGUCUUGUGGACUGGUCUUGUGGACUGGUCUUGUGGUCUGGUCUUGUGGUCUGGUCUUGUGGACUGGUCUUGUGGACUGGUCUUGACUCUUUCUUCCACGGAGCCGGUCCUCCAGAACCAGAGCCGGCGGUCCCGAUGGAUCAAUACGACGCCAUCGACUUCUCCGGAACAUUUUCUCUGACGUCUGAACGCAUUAAAAACGAACUUUUAAUGUGUUUACAACCCGCUGACAGCAUGAUAGUUAUAUCCAUAAUGCUUUAUAACUAUAGUAAUAACACAUAAAGCCUUCUUUUACUA